AUGACAACUCCAGCCAAGAAAAGAAGCCUUUCACCCGAUCACACUACCAACAGUGAAUUGUCUGCCAACAAGCGACCACGCUCGUCGUCCAACGGCGAUCUCCUCGCUGAGCUUACAGAUGUACUUGCAGAGAUCCGGUCAACACCGUCGUCGGGUGAGAUCAGUGCCGAGUUACUCGAGAAUUUCAAGCUGCUCAUGUUACAGAUCGAACGCCUAUCUGCUGACGAGUCGAAUACAGAAGCGGUGCAAAUGAAGCAUGAGAGUGAUAGGUGCUUGGAGACAUGGUUUGACGACUUGCUUGCACAAUGUGAGGCCGACGGCGAGUUGGAUUUGAAUACACUUGAAGAUGAAUUGGCAGCAGCAGGUGAUGGCGACAGUGAUGACGACGAAGAUAUUGAAGCUGCAUUAAGUUUGGCCCUUGCACUUGAAGAAGAAGACGUACAACAAGAUCACCACCACCACCACCACCACCAUCAUCAUCAUCAUCAUCACCAAGAACAAAUUGAACAAGAACAAGUGGAAGAUGACGAUGCAAAAAGCCCUGCUGUCCAGUUGAUGGCGUAA